AUGUCGUCCUCGUUGUUGUUUCUGCAUGAUUCUCGCCAAAGGAGCGCAAAUCCAACUCCUCGGGAUGUGACGAUCACCAAAUGCUCCUCCUAUGAAUAUUGUCAACAUGAUCAUUAUGAUCAUCCGUGUUGGGAAGCAAAAUCAGGUAACCUCGACAGACAGGAAUCACUCUCUUCCGUUUCUAAUCAAACUCCUCCUACAACUUGUUCAUCACAUUCAUCAGAGCAUAAAAGAGAGAUAAGACACUACCAAUACAAUGACAUCGCCCUUGAAAGAUCUUUGAAUCACCACAACCACUCGCACGUGGAAGUCUCUUCUAGAAAGAUCACCUUGUCCUUCCAAAGUGUAUCUUGUCCUCCACCACCAUCAUGUACAUUCAAUCAUUCUUCUGAAAGCUAUUAUGGACUUUCAUUGUUUGUGCCAUCAUCAUCAUCAUCACCACCAGUAGUCGUGGUGAUGAACAACCAACAACUCCCCAGCUCUGAGAUCAAAAUCUCACAUAAUGGAGGGUCUCCUUCUUGUCCUCCUUUUGGUCCUCCUAUUCAUUCACCAGUGGCCAACUCCUCCUCUCAAACCACUCUGUCUCCAAACUCUCCAAAUUGCAACUCAUUAUCACCCUCUGAAAAGAGACCUUUAAAGUUUUUUGAUUACAACAAACGAAAGAUUGCCAAGAAAGUGAGAAGAGUUGAUCAAGUACAACCCUACGAACAUGUCAUUCAAAUGCAAACAACGACAGCCAAUAAGAAGAAUUCUCCAACCUCAAGAUCUUCCAUUCUUUCACCCAACACAAGGAAUUCGAUUCAAAAUAAGGAUGGAUCAAAUACGACAACCAACACAACUCCCAACGAAAGUGCACUCUUGCCAAGUGGACAACAAGAACAACCAUUAUUGAGAAGAGAGGCGAAUACUCAUGAAACAUUCUCGCAUGGAUCGAAUCCACCCGUGGCCACAACCACGACCACCACCGCCACAAGAAAAAGAACACCACGUUAUUCAAUUUCAAUAAAGGAGUUGCUUAAUUAA